UUCCUAGGGUAACACCUGGGAAGUCAUUUCCCUCAUUUCCCCUACACUCUCUUCCAGACUUCGGUCUCCGGACAGACCCCCUUUCUCCACCUAACCUCUGGGUCUCCGCGGCAGACACCCCCUGGUGGAAGCCUGGAUUCCUGAGUCAGACCCCUCCUCCUGCUGGGACACCUGGAUCUUGGGCCUGACUCCGCCUCCUGCCUUGGAUAGCUGAAUCCCUAAAUAAGACACCUCCCGCUGCUCGGACGCCCAGGUGCCCGACCCAGAUGCCUCAUGCUCUUUCAACCUCAGAUAAGUGCUGGUCCCUCCAGGGCCUCUGGUCCCGCAGGAAUGCUCGCCGUUUGCCGGGUCACCCCAUCACACCGCUCGAGCAUCCCACCACUUGGGGAGCCGCGUGCUAAUGCAGAAUCUGCUAGUCCAGAAUCCCAGCUACGACCUCCGGACCCUGAGCAGACGCCAGCAGCCUUCCUCCGGCCCAGCGCCCCUGCACCCUGCCCCUGCACCCUGCGCGUCCUCCCAGUCUCUGGGUACCCGUGGUAGGGCCCACUACUCACCGCUCAGGACCGGACGCGGCUGGGCCGCGGGGAGCCUCCACUCAGGUCCUGGCAGGGCAAGACCCAGAGAAAAAUACUGCAGUGAACAAAGACCAUUGCCUUCUUCCAAGAAUUCCUAUCUUAACAGACAGAAACGGACAGUGCACAAAGAGAGGCCGAAUAUGACAUCAGGUAAAGGGGCGCGAGGCUUUGGGAGGGGAGCCUUGAUCCGCCUGAACAUCUGGCCUACUGCCCAAGGGGGCUGCAACCACCUGCGACAUUGUGAACGCUGUGUGGACAGAGCCCACAACCUCUCCAUCUGCGUCUGGCAGCAAUGUGGGCCAGACGAGCCAGGGCAUUGUGUGGCCCAAGCUGAGGUGCUCAAAGAGGGUUGCUCUCUCUACAACCGUUCAGAGUCGUGCCCAGCUUCCCACCACCAUCCCACCCGUGAACCAGAGAUGAGCACAACAGGGACUCCCCCAGCCCCUGAAGCCCACAGCCCAGGUUUUGACGGAGCCAGCUUCAUCGGGGGCGUUGUGCUGGUGCUGAGUCUGCAAGCAACUGCCUUCUUUGUGGUGCGCUUCCUCAAGGCCAAGGACAGCACUUACCAGACACUAAUCUGACCCCAGUGGUCCUGGCUCCACCUUGAAAGAACAGAGGACCCAGAGGCCACCCUCUCGAUGGCCUUACGGGCACUAGGGGUGGGACACACUUUGGCCACCAGUUUCUGGUCCCCGUAGGCACAGGGCACCGAGCAGGUUUAGGGCUGGUGGCUGACAUUCUUUCCUGUCCUGGGACUGGCACCUGUAUCUGGGAGCAUCCUUCAACCACUUCAUGGCUCAUGCAGUCAGCUGGGCCGCAGCCUGGUACUUGAUGUCUGCAGCUUCUCACCAACCCAGUCUGGGAUCCACCCCCAAAUAAAAGACCUGUUUUCCACCCAUGA